UGAUAGUCUCCUCCCCAGGACCCACGGGUGUCCACUCCCAGGCAGAGCGAGCUCUCAGCCACACGUGGGUCCUCACAGAAAGAAGCAGCAACAAUAAACUGAGCGUCACACGACCGUCAUCGCAUAGCAAUUCCCAAUAGGAAAUAUUUCCCAUUUAAGAACCAACUCUGCCUAAGAGAGCGGUCCACACUGAUGGAACAGUCGAUGGCGCAACUAUCGAAAUGACUCAGACUUUUUUUGUUUUUUGCCUGAGCGGAUACCGUUGGGAUUAAAUUAUGUUUUUAUUUCUACGUUUGACACAUGCCUGACGGUGAGGAGAUCAGCUAUGUUAACAGCCUCUUUGGGAAACAGCUCGUGAGUCACUCUGUGUGCGGGUCCAUCCCGUCUGUCCGCCAGUGGGACUGCAGGGAAACAAUCCAUUCUCGGAAUCCGGAGAACUUAACGCGUCUGGGGCGCAUCUGGGUUGCGUGUGUGGACAAGAACCCCCCCCCCCAAAAAAAAAAAAAACAGGUCAAAGCAACUCGCCCUACCUCUGCUUCUGAGGAACACUUUUAAAAAAAUGCCAAACUUAAGUAAGGGUAUCUUAGCCGAUAACCCAAAACUCAGACAGGGAACCCCCUGGACGUGUUCAGGCUGAGCGCGCACUCAUCCAGCGUCCGGGACCAUGGCUCCGGCUCUGCCCGCGUCUAAGGCUCUCUACAUCGGGAUGGAGGUGGUGAUCGCUCUGUCCUCGGUCGUCGGGAACGUGAUGGUGGUCUGGGCCGUGCGUAUCAACCGGUCUCUGAGAGACACCACCUUCUGCUUCAUCGUGUCCCUGGCCUUGGCUGACAUUGCGGUGGGGGCUCUGGUCAUCCCCCUCGCCAUCACCAUCAGCAUCGGGCUGCAGACGCACUUCUACAGCUGCCUGCUGGUGGCCUGCACCGUGCUGGUGCUCACGCAAAGUUCCAUCCUGGCGCUGCUGGCCAUCGCCAUCGACCGCUAUCUGAGAGUGAAAAUACCCAUGAGCUACAAACGAGUGGUGACCCCUCGGCGAGCUGGUACAGCCGUGCUACUGUGCUGGCUGGUGUCCAUCAUUGUGGGCCUCACACCCAUGUUGGGCUGGAAUAACCUGCAGCGUCUGCGGGACAACGGCUCCCUGCUCACCGACGACCUGCUGGUGACCUGUGAGUUCGAGACGGUCAUCAGCAUGGACUACAUGGUUUACUUCAACUUCUUCGGAUGGGUGCUCCCUCCACUGCUACUCAUGCUGGCCAUCUACGUGGAGAUUUUUUACAUGAUUCACAAGCAGCUCAACAAAAAGGUGACAGCGAGCCACACGGAUCCCCGACGCUACUACGGGAAAGAGCUCAAACUGGCCAAGUCUCUAGCCCUGGUUCUGUUCCUCUUCGCCGUCAGCUGGCUCCCGCUUCACAUCCUCAACUGCAUCACGCUCAUCUGCCCCGACUGCAAAAAGCCCGAGUUCCUCGUUUACAUCGCCAUCAUUCUCACACACGGCAACUCGGCCGUCAACCCGAUUGUUUACGCCUUCCGUAUCAAGAAGUUUCGCACGGCCUUCCAAAAGAUCUGGAAACAGUACGUGCUCUGUCAGGACCCGGUGGGUCGUCUUCCUCAGAGAGGGAGCCAGAGAGGACAGAGCCACGAGAGGAGGCUGAGGCAGAACGACGGGGACGACGAUGACGUGUGACCGCUGGUAACUAAUUUGAUUGCCGUGCCACUGGCGAAACCCCAAUGCAGUUGCUCGCAGACAGGAGGCAGUUUUUAUGCUCCAGGGAUUGCCGGUAACGUUAAUAGCACAGUGACAGAAAACAAGGGCUAAAUUGUUUUCGCCAUCCACUGCUUGCCAAGGGGCCAGGACUACAAAUCAACCUGGAUAUCUCCAGUCACACUUCAAUUUAGAAGACAAUGACUUCUCUCCGGCUGAGAAAAUUGUGUCAAAUGGGAAAAGGGGCUUUUAAUAAGUUGCAAGACCACCCUGUUGGACUUGAAACAGUGACUGUGUGUUCAUAGCACAUGUGAUAAAUUAGUAUUUGCUGUCCUCAUUGACCUAUAUUAAAAUUAUUGGCCUUUUUCACGUGAAUGAGCUCAAAUAUUUGUCCUUCUACAGUCUGUGCUACAUCACGAUGCUUCAUUCUGCGGCCUUAAAGACGGAUAAUGUAGUAAACUGGAACUGAGGUUAAAUGUAGCAUUCUAUGAAUAGAAGAAAAAUGAGCAAACAAGCAGUUUGUGCAACCAUAUGGUGCUUUGAAAGAGACUUCUGUGAACCUCUGAGCUAUGAGUUUUAAAGUUUCUUUGCAACUCGACACACUCAUUCCUUUUACUAAAUGUUUGGUGCGUUACCGUGCAUUAAAGAUGAUACUUUUAUACAUAUCAGACACUGUUUGAGUGAAAACCUACUUGUGCUAUCAAUUAGCUUUAGAGGAAACAGUACAGAGACUACUUAAUUUGCCUUGCCUGGAUGCCUGUGACCAUAGGCAGUGGAGAAAUAAACACUGAUCCAGCCAAACCAAUGUUUUUUAUUAAAGGAACAGUAUUCCUGAAGAAUGUUGUAGCUUCUCCACCUGCUAAUGUGAUUGUAUUAUUUCCUGUAAUGCUCCACUGAUGUACAUAUUUUUGUCCAUGUACCCGAUAAAGUUUACACUGGAGUGGUGAAAAUAUGUUACAGUGAAAUGUCAUCCCAUCUCAUCAGCUGCUGUCUUAUCAAUGCAGACUGUCACUGAUUAAUAUUACCCUAUUAAAGCAAGUCAGAUUUUGACGUGUGUUUAUGCUAAAACAGGAGAGCUAACACCAAUAGCCUGUACAGAACAGUAUGUAACUACUACACAUAUAAAUGUGCAAAAGUGCAAGAUAACUGUUGAAUAUUCAUCUCAAUGAGAGCAGCUGCAUAUCUGGAACCUGAGCAUAAAAGUAGCUGCCUUUGUUGAACUAUUUGUUCUUUUGACAGCAGUGUAUGGACAAUUUUCUGUAUGUAUAGUUAAUCGAUUUAGCAAGGAGUGGGCACAUGUAUAAAUAAGUGCAGAAUGAAUAAGAAGGUCUUACUAAGAGUUUACAUUUCUGAGGACAUCACCCUCAUACUCUAUGUUCCGAGUCCUACCAUUUACUAGCAAGGUAAUGUUUCCAUUAAAUAGUUUUCUCUUUGUUUUUUGGGUGAGAAAGCUUCAAAUUGAAAAAAAAUCAUUUUAGUCACUUUCCAGCAGCGAUCUUAACACAGAGUGUAAAGAAAAGGAACCAGCUGACGCACUUGACAAUAAAAAAAUCUAAAGCAACCUAUAAGAGCAGAAGUGUUAUGACUGUCAUGAAACAAGACCUCUUAGCUUUCAUCAUUUAAUAAAAUGUGUCAAA